AUGAACACGGUGCUGGAAUUACAGAUGAACAUGGAGAUACUUGAGACAGAUAUGCCAAGUACAGUGCCAUACAAGACCAAAGGGUUCCCAUACUUCAGCGCUCUUGACCAGAUGAUUCCCCAGGAGCUGAUCUAUGCCAAGGGAAAGUACACUACCCGUCAGCCAAAGGCCAGGACUCAGGCUGUUGCCGGUCCUUCCCCAUCAGAGUCGUCCUCUGCUGCAAUGGGGUCUCCUAGUGGGUACUGGCCUAUACCUCCCCAACCAUCCACUCCCACUGCCACAUCUGGAAUGGAGCCUGUGCACCGGCAUGCCCUUCCCCCACCAUCUACUCCUACUGGCUCCACCACCAAUAAGAUCACCAUGGGUCCUCUACCAGCACUGGUGACAGGACCAGGUGUCAACCUCUUGUCACCAUCCUCCUCCUCAACUGUACCAUCGUACUAUGCUGCUACAAGUGACUCAGGCUCAGGGCUGACCAGUAUCAGCCAGAGCAAGCACAAAUCCAGUGCACUCAGUGAAGGAGACCAAUCCUGCUCUAAGCGAAACUGGCCUCGCUCAGUAACUGCAACAGCCCAGCAGGAGGGUAGCGCAGCACUUACAUCAAUUGCAGGGAGUCUUCCUCAAAUCAUUUGA